GCCGUUUCUUGUAUCUCUCUUUUACAAUUAAAAUGGAUAGUGCAUGCUGCCGUCUCUGUGGUUACAAUUCGUCCGAUCUAAUAGAAAUUUUCAGUGAGCAAGGAAUCGCCGCCGAGUAUGCCAGGAAAAUCGGUCGCUAUUUGUAUCUCCUGGUAACGCCGAGUGAUGACCUUCCGAAGGUGGUCUGCUGGAUGUGCUCGCAGCAGCUGGACUCGUUUCAUCGAUUUCACGAGAAGAUCAAUGAGAUCCAGCAGCGGACGCUGAAGGAACGGUACCCGGAGUAUGUUAUCGAGACGCACCACAACUACGUGGAGGAGGGGGUGAUUGAAAUCUUCGAGCAAACUGUGGAGGAGGAAGACGAACCAUUGGAGUCGGAUCAGCAGAAAAUAACGGAGGAACUUCAAGUGAUUGGAGCUGAAGAAGAGGAAGAAAAGGAAGACGAUGUUGAAGAUGAGCUGACGAUAGAACUGAUUCCCGAUCGCAACAAUGAAGAUUCGUUCCUGGUGGUUAAAGCAAAUCAGACUGCGGAAGUCGACCAAACAGAUGUGCAACAGAAACCCCAAAUACAGAGCGCUGAAACUUCUGCCUCUGAAAUGGAAGUGUUUGAAAUACGAAAAAGUACCCGUAAGAAACGACCCGUUGGGCAAAGCAUUGAAAAGACGAAACGGAGCGGCGAUGAGGAAGAAAGUGACGAGGAAGAGAUACUGUUGAAGCAGAAAACGAGUAGGAAAAGAAGUCGAGUGAAACGAGUGAAAAAGUUGCAUUCAGAGUCUGAUAGCGAAACGCAUGAAGAUAAGCCAAACGAAACAGAAGCCACAUUACGGAAAAGUCCAAGAAAGAAGGUCCAAGAGGAAACAAAUACCGACAUACCGGAUCAAGGUUACGAAGAUCACAUCGAAGGCGACAGCGGUGACGAUAUUCCUGCUCGAGACUCAGAUAAUGAGGAAUGGCCAUCGGCUGAAACCAUGGAUAAGUUUCCCACGACAAUGCUAAAAGACGGGUUACUUACGGUUAAGGGGAAGCCGCUCAUGGAUAUGAUUAAUAGAUUUUACAAUGUGCAAUGUGACUUAUGUAAAGACAAGCCUGUGAGGUUCAAAACUCUUCGAGAGCUGUUCGAUCAUUACCAAUUGGAUCACGAUCAGAACGGAUACGUGACAUGCUGCCAGACGAAAAUACAUCGUUUUCGAUCCAUAAUUUUGCACAUGGCGCGGCAUAUUCAACCAGAAGCCUUCAAAUGCGACAUCUGCGGCUACCUGGUUACAAGACCACGGUUUUUGAUCACCCACCGGCAGACACAUUUACCUGAGGAUCAGAAACCUUACAGCUGCGAGCACUGUCCAAAACGGUUCUGCUGGAAACGGGCUCUUAAGGUACAUCUGAAUACGCACAAGUCACCGGAGGACCGAAUCGUUUACGUGUGUUCGGUUUGUGGAAAAACGUAUGGUACUCCAGGGGGACUAUCGGCACACAAACGAAACAUCCACCUAACGCCUCGUACGACGAAGGUGUCGCAUGUUUGUGAAAUGUGUGCAAAAACUUUUGCUCAUGCAUCCGGCUUGAAGGAACACAUGGUCAACAUUCAUCAACCGCGCGAAAAAGCUCUGGUACAGUGUCCCGAGUGUUCCAAAUGGUUGAUGAACACACGGUGCAUGAAGGUGCACAUGCAGCUACACAAGAAGGAUGACAUCGCUUGCGAUCUGUGCGAUUAUAAAACCAAAAAGAAUUGUCUUUUAAAGCGCCACAAAAUCACUCACCACCAGAAUGAGAAGCCUUUUUUGUGCGAAAAGUGCAACCAAACGUUUAAGCAUCGGCAAGCUCUGACUGUCCACAUGCGUGUUAAGCACCGAGGAGGGGAAAAGCCUAGUUACAAAUGCAAUUUUUGCGAUCGCUCGUUUAAAAGUUCCACCAACUUCUACACGCAUCGAAAGAACCGGCACCCGGAAGAGUUGGCAGCGAUGAAGGAACAGGCGGAAGCGGAAAAGAAACUACAGCGAAUCAGGGCUGGUGUCGAACCGGAUGACGUCCCGUUGGCACAGGAAUCGACUAUCACAACCACUGCUGAUGGAACCCGUAUUAUCACCAUCAGCAGCAGGAACUAUGGAAUCAGCGAUCCCAUGAGUACUAUGAUCGUACUGGACAUUACCGACGGCCCGUUAGAGAUUCAGGGAGCCAAUGAGCACGCAAACAAGUGAAUGUCUAAAUUCCUGUGACACUGACUACUGGUUUAAUGUAGCGAGUAAGUCACAGAGAACAAAGGUUAAAGGUGAAUUUGUAACGAAGCUCCCACAAAUCAUACAAUAAUGAAACUGAAGCGACACAUUUGCUGUAGCGCAGCAAACAGGGAGCUGCAAUUUCAUUAUUGUAUGGUUUGUAUGCUGACAUGUGUGCUCAUCCAGUCAAAGUCAGGUGAAGUUAGCGGCUUAUUACCAUAGAGCAGUGAUUUUCACCCGGUGGGGAAUUCCCACCUUGAGUUUCCACUCUAGGGGGAACUGUGCUUGAGAAAAUAUAACAUGUUACUUUUAAGUUUUUAAGUACGCUUGCGAAUCAAUCUACGAAAAGUCUUCUACCAUUUCUAGCUUCUAAAUCCAUCUAAUCUCAUCUUGCUCCAUUCUUUUGCAGGAAAUCUUAAAAAUCUUUUUUAUAUCUACGCGCUUACUCACGACAGCAAUUUAAAAUCUUCCCUAUCUAAGCCUUGCGAGUGCUGUUGCCAUACGUACCGUAAACCGCCAUAACUCUGCGCACUGCGUAAUUCCGCGCAUUAAAUUUUAGAAAUAAACGAAAGAUUUUUGUUAAAAGUCGUGGGGAUUGUGAAAGCAAGUACCACAUAAUGCUUUAAUGUACCGGCGGCGUUUAGAAUCACUUGCAUAGGAAAUCCAAUUGGCAAGGCAUUUGUGAACAGCAUACAUUUUUCUGGUUGUAUGAAGCAGAAGCAGGUCCGGCAAACUAGUGCACUUUUAAUGAACAUCAACAACAAAUAACUCACUAAACUAGCGAACGGUGAGUUCCAGAGAAGACAUAAAAUCAAGAAGACUGGCAACUCUGCCAGAAUCCAAGCAACCGAUACAGUAGCUCCAACAGUAGCGCUGCGCUCGAGCGAAAGUGGAAGU